GAAGUCCUUCUUCAGUCCGUAUCUGCACUCUAGAUUAACCUGCAAAGCCCCGAGGUGGAUCCUCGGGGUAGACACUCCGAUGCUUAAGUCAGCAAUAAUUGAGGCUACCUUUAAAGCGUAGACACAAGGAGCUUAGGGUUGGUUUCAAUUACCUUUUGGCGUGGCCCUUAAGAGGUAUUUAUAUGUUCCAAUGCAGAAUCCACGCGGCAUGCCAAUCAAGAUGCACAAGGCUCGAAACUUAUCAUAUCACACUCUGAUACCACCAAAAUCUGAAGAUCAAAUUAUAAAAUCCUCUCUGAUAUCAUAAGAUCUCGAAAUACACUCUGGUUUACAAGAUCAUGAUUUAUCUAAAGCUAUGCUCAAUUUACAAGUGGCUAGCCUUUUAUCACGUCACUCCCCUUGAUUUCCGAGUCUCAGGGCACACUACCUGAAAUGGUGGACGAGAAAAACGAGGUGAGAUAACUCAGUAAGUAAAAUAUGGAUUGCCCUUAAUUAAACUUACAGCAUGCCACAUGUGCAAUCACGCAAAACAGGUACAGUACGGGAACGAAAUAGACGUCUCCUCUAUAGGUCACAGCCAGUGUUAUAAACCUCCCACUGGCAGGCUACAGAAUUUGCUGGUGUAUAAUCCCCACUAGCAGGGUCAUUGAACGAACCGGUUCUAUCAAUAACAUGUCGACAUGUGCUAGCGUUUAUAAACCUCCCACUAGCGGGCACACGAAUAACAUGACCAUAUCGGAGACAAAACAGGCAGAAGUUAACAGAAAAAUCACGAUUCACAAUCACUUUCAAAUCAUCAGGACAAUCACUUAAAUUUCAAGUAGGCAUACUCAAUUUAAUGAAAAGCAUAAAACAUUUCACUUCAA